AUGACAUUGCACGAACAGGGAGAACACCGACAGCUGGUUUGGGGGAAGGGUCUGAAGCUGACGCAGGAAAACCAGGCUUACCGAGAGCCCUGGCCGGGGCCCGGCGCGCCGCCCCAGCCCCGCCCUCGUCGUCAGGCCGCGAGCGAGCGCCGGGAGGAGGCGGCCGGACCGACGAGCGCCCGCGCGUGUGGCGGGAGGGGAGGCCGCCUGCCCGCCCCCUUCGCCUUCCCCGCUCUCCCCCUCCCCGCUCCCCCCUCCCGACCGCGGCACAGCACCAGGUCGGCGCCGGCGGCCAAAGUCAGUAAAAAGGAACUCAACUCCAACCACGACGGGGCCGACGAGACCUCAGGAAAAGAACAGCAAGAAGCAAUUGAACAUAUUGAUGAAGUACAAAAUGAAAUAGACAGACUUAAUGAACAAGCCAGUGAGGAGAUCUUGAAAGCAGAACAGAAAUAUAAUAAACUCCGCCAACCAUUUUUUCAGAAGAGGUCAGAAUGGAUCGCCAAAAUCCCAAAUUUGGGGGUAACAACAUUCGUCAACCAUCCGCAAGUGUCUGCACUGCUUGGGGAGGAAGAUGAAGAGGCGCUGCAUUAUUUGACCAGAGUUGAAGUGACAGAAUUUGAAGAUAUUAAAUCAGGUUACAGAAUAGAUUUUUAUUUUGAUGAAAAUCCUUAUUUCGAAAAUCAAGUUCUUUCCAAAGAAUUUCAUCUGAAUGAGAGUGGUGAUCCAUCUUCAAAGUCCACUGAAAUCAAAUGGAAAUCUGGAAAGGAUUUGACGAAACGUUCAAGUCAAACACAGAAUAAAGCCAGCAGGAAGAGGCAGCCUGAGGAACCGGAGAGCUUCUUUGCCUGGUUGACUGACCAUUCUGAUGCAGGUGCAGAUGAGUUGGGAGAAGUCAUCAAAGAUGAUAUUUGGCCAGAUCCGUUACAGUACUACUUGGUUCCUGAUAUGGAUGAUGAAGAAGGGGAAGGAGAAGAAGAUGAUGAUGAUGAUGAUGAAGAAGAAGAAGGAUUGGAAGAUAUUGAUGAAGAAGGGGAUGAGGAUGAAGGUGAAGAAGAUGAAGAUGAUGAUGAAGGGGAGGAAGGAGAGGAGGAUGAAGGACAAGAUGACUAAUAGAACACUGAUGGAUUCCAACCUUCCUUUUUUUUUUUUUUUUUUUUUUAAUUUUCUCCAGUCUCUGGGAGGAAGUUGCAG